AUGGAGCAGCAAGGAGUCACCAGGAAAAUCGAGUACCACACCGAUUGGUGCAGCUCCAUGACCACUGUUGUGAAGAAAGGCGGUUCUAUCAGAAUUUGUCUUGACCCAAGGAGGUUAAACAACGCCUUGAAGAGAUGCCCAAACAAGGUAUCAACCUUAGAAGAGGUCCAACCUUUCUUUGCAAGACCCAAGUACCGGUACUUCUCCAAGUUAGACGCAAAGGCUGGUUACUGCCAAGACAUCUUCCAGCAGCACAUGGAUAGGAUUGUCCAGAAUGUGCCAGGCUGCAUAUGCAUUGCAGAUGACAUAGCUAUUGUAGAGAGAACGGAGGGGGAACACGACAAGAAUCUGUACUUAUUCAUGGAGUCAGUAAAGCGAGAAGGCGUAGUGUUCAACAGCUCCAAGAGCACAAUCAAGAAAGAAGCUAUCAACUUCUUUGGCUCAAGGGGGAAAGAUCAGAUAUCUACCCAGAUCCUAGCAAGGUAG